UAACGUUAGCAUGCUAGCAGUUAGUGCCAUUAUAGCAUCUGUAACGUUACUGUUGUUGACGUUAUCUAGAAAUCGUUUAGCUUCUACCACAAGUCAAUAAAUGUAUAACAUGUAUACAUUUUGCUGUCCACGUAGCCAGCAUUUCGGGACUGCUCAACGUAACGUUAAGUUAAAGUUUGGUAAUGUUAGCUGAUAGCGAGCUAACAACCUUAGAACCUGUAGCAGAAGUGCAAUAUUAACGUUAUUUGAUAUGUUUCUCUGAUAUCCAGGGUUCAAUAACGUUAACUUUGCUUUGAAGUUAACGUUAGAUAUGGGGGCAAGUUGCUAUCAACUCGACCACAGUGCAAUGUAGUAAUAACGUACUGAUAGCUAUAAUGUCUUAUUGUAUUCCUACCUGUGUUAAAUGUUCUUAUUAUACUGGGAAUCAUAUGCUUAACGUUAAAGUUAGCUGCUACAUUUCGAAGGCUUUCCGAGCAGCGGAGGGGCUCUGGCAUUGAUUCAGAGAUGCUGAAGGUGAAAAUCAAGACCGAGAAACCAGAUAUCGAAGGAACUGGUGCCCGAGGUCGCUUGGAUGCUGUGCUUCAGGGACUGGUGGAGAAAAGUGAUAAUAAUGACAGAGAUCAGAAUGAAGAUGACCCAGGAAAAGCAACAACAGACUCUUUGAGCAAGGACCUUUCACCAUCUUCUGUUGGAAAAAGACCAUCAGCACGCUUUCCCCAGCACAGGAGAAAGAAACGCAAAGAGAUGGAUGACAGCAUUGCUGAGAGUAAUCAGCACAAACAAAAUGCAUACAUCAUCAAGCUGUUCGACCGCAGCGUAGACCUGGCACAGUUCAGCACCAGCACUCCUCUUUACCCCAUCUGCCGGGCCUGGAUGCGGAAUAAUCCUACAGUACGCGAUCAGUCUUCUUCCCUCAGUCCCCCUCAAAGCAUGUCUGAUGAAGAGGUGGUUGACAUGAUAAAUGGUAAAAGUCAGACUGUAUACAGACUUCCACCACCCACUACAUGUCCCGUCAACUCUUCAGGGGACCCUGUUAAUCUGAGGAUACCGCCUAUUGUAAAGGCCAGUCCCACAGAGGGUACAGAUGCAGCCGCCAAUGCUACUCCGCUAAUAUAUAACCAUAUGGCUCGAUGGAAGAAAAUCAGACAAAAGUGGAAGGAGUCCUCUAACAAAAACCAGCUGAGAUAUGCCGAGAGCAUUAAGAUUUUGAAGGACAUGUAUGAUCGCUAACAUCAUCUAUCCGGAUGGCGGAGGAUGGACAGUAAAACAGGAUGGACUGAUAACUUCGGAAGAAAACAUACCUGUAUCUAUUUAGUUACUUUUGCUUUUAUAAAACAUCUGUAUCAGCCACCACCUUUGCCUAGUGUUCAUGGCGAUGCUUUUCAUCCCAUGCGAUGCAUUCAAUUGCUUGAUUAAAACCAAAGAUUCUAGAGCACUGUAGAAUCUUUGAUUAAAACAGACAUUAAUUUAAAUGUAAAUUGUGUAAGUAUGUCCUAUAAUUUGAAAUGGCAUGCAUUUCAAGUGUCAGUUAAAAAUCUAGAUUUAUAUCCCUGUUUUGCAAUAUAGUGAUUACAUUUUAAUUUAAAGGUUUACGUAUAUUAAAUCCAUUUCUAAAUUUGACUAUUGGAGUUUAAGUUGAAUUUUGAAUCAGUCCAAAACAAUUCCAUGUAAAAUCUAGUUCAGAUUCAACUAUUGUCGAUUGAGCUCAAGAGCCAUUCAAAUUAUGCCACUCCUCUCCAGACAGAUUUAGCUAGAAUUUUUUAUGAAUUGGCCUGGGGCCGAAGCUGGUACUGGCUUUUGUUUGCUCACUCUUUCUGACAAGAGAAGUUUUGCAGACCACUUUUUCAAUUAGAUGAAAUACAAAAUACUUCACUCACGACCCACCAUACAAUUGUCCUGAAAAGGGAAAUUUAUUUAAGACUCCAAUAACUCCUACUCUGUUUUAUAUUUUUUAAUUUACAUGUAAAUCAGGUUUCUCGGCCAAGUAUACUUGUGUAUACAAGGAAUUUGGUCUCUGCAUUUAUCCCAUCCGUGAAUUAGUGAACACACAGUGAGGUAACUCACUAACCCGGGGAGCUCCCCGAGCAGCCUUACUACAGCGGCGCUCGGGGAGCAGUGAGGGGUUAGGUGCCUUGCUCAAGGGCACUUCUGCCGUUCCUACUGGUCGGGGAUCGAACCGGCAACCCUCCGGUUAAAAGCCCAAAGCCGUAGUAGGCCACGACUGCCUGUUAGAAAUUACGUGCAACAUUCUAAAACGGAUAGUUCCUGUCCUUGAUUAUGAUUAGCAGAAUUGCGUUCGACGCCACUGUAAAAACCCAAUGGAACCCUUCAUAUUGACUGCAUUUCAUUCUAUUUUACUUCUUGGCAGAAUAAUGAUUAUCUAUGAAUCAAUCAUUAAAUUUCUUGUUGCUGUCCCUUCA